AACCCCACCCUACCAUCGACAUCGGCAACAUCGUAGGACACAGCCAUAACUAUCUCACCUCGAGCUUCACAUUUAUCUAUCUUAGAACUCGCCAAUAAAACAUGGCCCAAGAUCCUAGAGCUCUUCUGGCAAAGGCUGAUAAACAAGCAUCAUCUGCUCGUGGCGGAUUUAGCUUAUUCGGUGGAAAACAAGAUAAGCUUGAGAUAGCAGCAGACCUAUACACCCAAGCAGCCAACGCCUUCCGUAUACAAAAACUAGGCAGAGAAGCCGGACAAACUCUCGAAAAAGCCGCCGCUAUCCGGCAAGAAAUCAAUGAACCCGAUGACGCAGCAAGUAACUUGGUCGAAGCCUACAAAGCUUACAAAAAGGAUGAUCCGAGCAGCGCAGCCCGUGUCCUGGAGAAGGCAAUCCAACACUUCACGCUAAGAGGCAAUUUCCGGAGAGCCGCGACGUACCAGCAGAACCUCGCGGAGUUGCUGGACGAGAUCGGCGACGUGCCGAGGGCCGUCGCAGCGUACGAGCUUGCUGGCGACUGGUUCCAGAGCGAUAACGCCGAGUCCCUGGCCAACGGGGCGUUCUUGAAGAUGGCGGACUUGGCGGCACUAGAGGGGAUGUAUCCCAAGGCUGUUGAGAAGUAUGAGGGGGUUGCGAGGAGUAGUGCUGAGAGUAACUUGAUGAAGUGGUCUAUGAAGGAUUACUUCCUCAAGGCUGGGAUCUGUCACCUUGCUAGUCGUGAUAAGAUUGCUUUGACGAAGGCGUUGGAUAAUUAUGUUGAUCUGGAUCCUACCUUCCGGAGUACGAGGGAAUUCCAGCUUUUGAAUGAUAUGCUCGAAGCCGACAACAGCAGCGACGCAGAAGUCUUCGCCGACAAGAUCUUCCAAUACGAUCAAAUGAGCAAGCUGGACAAGUGGAAGACAACAAUGUUGUUAAGAGUCAAGAAGAGCAUUGAAGAAGAAGACGACGACGGCUUGGCCUAAUCGCAAUAUCACUCAUUCCCCUUUCUUCCAUCUUUGCUCGAGUUACUAAAAGCUCCGUUGUCUGGCCUUUUUUUUACACUUUUCAUUUCUGCCCCCGUCUCCAUGGCCUUUGCUACUUCGGACUCUGAAGAUGUUUUUUGAUCGACCUUACUUUGCUUGUUUCGUUUUCUUUUUUUCCCAUUAAAUGUGUAUUUUGCAGGAAUGAUUGCUGUCUUUCCUGUGGAUAGGUUAUAUUUCAUUUGAGACUGUACUGCGCAAACCUGACCCUCAGAAGUUUUUGUUGAGAGCGGGAAAACAUGUUUGAAGGGCGUCAACCAAAAAAAUAAUAAUUGUGGAGAUAAUAAUAUUAUUGAGAAUUUUAAUUUUUCUCCCCAAUAAAAAA